CCGUGCGUCGACCACCGCCGGGCUGGGGCUACAAAUCGACCUUUAGUAGUAGCCAGAUAUCCAGAAGAGGGAUCCUCAGCUCAAAGUCGACCAGAAGACACCUGAUACUUUUUGUGAUACAGAAUUCACUGACAUUUGGCAAUGUGGCACAGUACAUCACAAAAAGGGAGUGGUUGAGGCUGGACCCUGAGCAGAGGACACUGGUGUGUUACUGGAACGUGACUUCCGUGGAAAGCAUCUUGGUGACUCAAUACCAGAGGAUGGGUGAAGACGCCCAGCCACAGGAGAUGACAUCCACGAGCUCCCCAAGGGCCAGUGAGCCCAGCCCUGAAGUCAAACAGAAUGGGAACUCUGAGGGGAAGGGGGGGAGCCCCCAGAAUCUGCCCGUAGAACAUCACUUUGCAUGUAAAGAGUGUGGGGAUGCCUUUCGGCUUAAGGUCCUUCUGGUGCAGCACCAGAGAAUUCACAGUGAAGAGAAGGGCUGGGAGUGUGGGGAUUGUGGGAAGGUCUUCAAGGCUGUCUCUGAAUUCAACGAACACCGGAAGAACCAUGUGGCUGUAGAGCCCCGUCCUGGCCCAAGCCGGGCCCUCGAUGAUGCCGUGGAGAAGAGGGAGCAAAUGGAGAGGGAGGCGAAACCGUUUGAGUGUGAGGAAUGUGGGAAAAGGUUUAAGAAGAAUGCAGGUCUCAGUCAACAUCUGCGUGUCCACAGCAGAGAAAAGCCCUUUGACUGUGAGGAAUGUGGGCGUUCCUUCAAAGUGAACACCCACCUCUUUCGCCAUCAGAAGCUUCAUAUUUCGGAAAAGCCCUUUGCCUGCAAGGCCUGUAGCAGGGAUUUCCUGGAUCGCCAGGAACUUCUCAAGCACCAGCGAAUGCACACCGGCCACCUGCCUUUCGACUGUGACGAUUGCGGCAAGUCCUUCCGAGGAGUCAAUGGCCUGGCCGAGCACCAGCGCAUCCACAGCGGGGCCAAGCCCUACGGGUGUCCCCACUGCGGCAAGCUGUUCCGGAGGAGCUCAGAGCUCACCAAGCAUCGGCGGAUUCACACGGGCGAGAAGCCAUAUGAGUGUGGCCAGUGUGGAAAGGCCUUCCGGCAGAGCUCCAGCCUCCUGGAGCACCAGCGCAUCCACACCGGGGAGCGGCCCUAUGCGUGUGGCGACUGCGGCAAGGCCUUCCGGGGGCCCUCCGACCUGAUUAAACACCGGCGGAUCCACAGUGGACUAAAACCGUAUGAGUGUGACAAGUGCGGGAAGGCCUUCCGGAGGAGCUCGGGCCUGAGUCGCCAUCGGAGGACCCACAGUGCAGAGAAGCGGUACCUGUGUCAGCAGUGUGGGAAAUCCUUUAGCCGGAGCUCCAACCUCAUUAAGCACCGCAUUAUCCACAGUGGCGAGAAGCCCUAUGAGUGUUCUGAGUGUGGGAAACUCUUCCGGCGCAGCUUCGCCCUCCUGGAGCACCAGCGCAUCCACAGUGGCGAGAAGCCCUAUGAGUGCAAUGAGUGCAGGAAGACCUUCACACGCAGCUCCAACCUCAUCAAGCACCAAAUAAUCCACAGUGGUGAGAAGCCCUACAAGUGCCCAGAGUGUGGGAAACUCUUUCGACGCAGCUUUGCCCUCCUGGAGCACCAGCGCAUCCACAGUGGCGAACGGCCCUAUGAGUGCAAUGAGUGUGGGAAGUCCUUCAGCAGGAGCUCUAACCUCAUCGAGCACCAGCGCACCCACAGUGGCGAGAAGCCCUACAAGUGCAGCCAGUGUCCAAAAGCCUUCAAAGGCAUCUCCCAGCUCAUUCACCACCAGCGCAUCCACAGCAGGGAGAAGCCAUUUGAGUGCAAGGAGUGUGGGAAGGCCUUCCGGGGACGCUCAGGCCUCAGUCAGCACCGCCGGGUGCAUAGUGGCGAGAAGCCCUAUGAAUGCAGCGAGUGUGGGAAGACCUUCAGCAGAAGAUCAAACCUCUUCAAACAUCAAGCAGUUCACAGUGAAGAGAGGCCCCACGAGUGUCAAGACUGUAGGAAGGUGUUCCGGAGCAGCUUAGUCCUCCUGGAGCACCAGCGGGUACAUGAGUGCAGAAAGGCCUGCAGCAAGAGUGGUGAGAAGCCCUGCACAUGUGGGGAGUGUGGCAAGUGUGACAAGGACUUUAAGGGGAAAUUGCAGCUCCGUCACUAUCAGAAAACUCGCCAUGGAAAGACGACUUUGGAGGACAGCGACUGUGAAAAAGAGCCAGCCUCCUUGGCCCUCAGAAGCUCCACUGCAGAGCCCCACCCUGCAAAUGAGAAAUAG